CUAUAACCCCUUGGAUUGAUCACGAAGAGGGCUUUACUCCCUACCUUACGCAACACGGGCGCCAAAUGGCGCUCGACGCGCCAUCGCUUGAUAGCAUCUUCGAGCUUUUAGGGGAUCCAAAGCACCUUCAGCGUGAAAAGGGGUUACGUGCCCUUGUGGCCUUCCUUCAGGGGCUAAGUGGCACGGAGGACGCAGCUGUCGAGUCCGGCAUUUCUGAACUCCUCUCCCAAGAACCAUGGGAGAAGAAGCUAGGCGGGCUUAUGGGCGCCAAGGCCUACGUGUCCACCUGCCAGCCCCAGGAGUCCUACCUGGAGCGGUUGAGGCUGGCAGCCAUGGGGCUGCUGGAGGAUGGGGAGGUUCGAGUGCGGCUGGCGGUGGGGGACUGCUUGCAGGCGCUGGCUCGGCUUCAGGGCGUGUGUGUGUUUGAGGCGUGCCUGCCUGCCGUACUGGACAGCAUCCGGCGGAACUUCGACCGAUCCGAAGACGCGGACGACGGUGCCGCUGAGGGCCCCGACGGCCAGCGCCUGGCCACCGCCCCCAUGGCCCGCUUCGUGACGGAGUCCCCCGCACUGGGGUCGCCCGUGGAGCGGCCCUCCUCGCCUGUCAGGGGGGAGCGGCAGGGGGAGGGGCAGGGGCAGGGGGAGGAGCAGGGUAAAGAGGGC